UUUUUUUUUUUUUUUUUUUUUUUUUUUUUUUUCUAGGAUUAAUGAUGCAGAAGCUGUUGAACAUAAAGCAUAAUUUAUUUAUAAAUGUAAUUUUAAUUUUAUUUUGAACUCCUAUGGUUACUUCAUUUGUAAUUGGAAAAAAAAAAAAUCAGAACUUCAGUACCUUGCCUUAUAAAUGUCUGAAUAUGUAAUGGACCAUCUCAACCAAAAGUAAACCGAUCCCGGGCUUCUAAUUAUUUUAUAUACUCUAGGCUACAGGAUCGGUUUAUAUACUCUAUUGGAAUAUAUCAUUUCCCUUUUUUUACUAGUAAUUUUUUAUAUGUAUUUAUUUAGAAACCGGUUACAGAAGUCAAUUUGGCCUGGUAACCUGUUUCAGUACCUUCCCUGCAACAAAACAAAGUUCAGUCCUUUCCCUGUAACUUUUAGGAAACUUCAAUACUCUCCAUUACAAUUAACUCCUUAUAUAUUAAAAAAAUGGUAUAAUCGUUGCAUAUAAUAUAAAAUGGAGGUAGUAGAAACUUUUCGAUUUUCAACUAUCGAGUUUUCAAUUUCAUUUCAUGCCUUUAUGUUUUUUAUUUAUUAUGUAAUAUGGUAAAUAAGGCUUUUUUUUAGAGCCUAACCUAUUAUAACAAGCUUUUAUGUAACUUUGGAAGACAGGAAUCAGAUAAUGAAUUAAAAAUUCCAUAUUCAAGCCGUUCUUGUCUAUUCCUCCUCGCAGCAUCUGCCUUCCUCUCUUGCAGGCAUUUAUCGAAAGAUACGAUCACAGUUCAGAUUCAUUUAUCAUAGAUAAACAGGCCUUGCAAUUUUGUGGCAAAGAAGUUGAGUCCUGUCUAAGAAUAGCGAACAAGGGAAAACUUAUUGAUUUUACAACUCAGGUUAGGAAAACUCCUGAGAUUUUUGAGCGUUAUUUUGGAAUAAAGGGAAAGAUAUUGAAAGAAGAUUUGAUGGAGAAGCUGAAGCACAUGAAUGUGAAAAAGGAUAACGCCGAUGACUUCUUUAGGUUGUCUGUUUAUUUUAUGUUUAGUGUGUACUUCAGUACAAAUGAUACUUGCAUAUCAUUUUGGCCUGUGAGGUAUUUGGAGAGCCUGGAGCUCUUUAAAUCUUUCAAUUGGGCGCGUGCCAUCUACGAGUAUUUGAGGGAGUCAGUAAGAAAAACUGCAUAUGGACUUGCAGAAGAUGUUACUACUGUCAUAUCUAUGAAGGGGUGUCUUCCUCUCUUAGAGACAUUGAUAUACGGGCGCAUUGGGAGUCCUUACUUGAAAAUGGAAGUUGAUCCGAAAAUGUUUACAAAACCUUGUAUCAUCAUGUACACUAAGGGUGACUCUAGGAACCCCUGUACACUAAGGAGGGUGCUUGCUACUAUAAAAUUUGACAAGAUCAAAGAAUGUGAAGAUUGUUCAAUAGAGGAAGCCACUUCCCCUGAGAGUGUAGAUGCCAGUGGAUUGUGACGCGUUCUAAGAAGAAAUGCAUCCUCAUUGUUUUAUCAAGUUAGAAGGCACACCAGGCCAAGAAGCUUAUUUCUUGAGAUGAAUACUGAAGUCAGCCAUAUGCCAUGAUUUUGAGCCAUGUAUUGCAGGUAUUCUUGACUUGACCAACUAACGCGACUCAUUUGUAUAUUUGUAGUGUUACGAUUUAGGAAGUGUAUGAGUAUGUAUUGCUUUCCUGAGUCAUCAUUGUCAACGUCUCACUUGGUUUGUAUAUAUUAUACGGUAUACUAUAUGGUACAUAAUUCUAAUUUAUGCAUAUCAGUGAAGUAGGUAAGCAUAUGCAUUUAGCUGAUCAAGUAGUUUCCAAGGUAGCAAAUUUAGAUUAUUUGUUAAAUUAUUUUCGCGACAAGCAUAUGUACUUGUACUUAAAAUUCAUCAUACUGCUAGAAUAUUUGUUAGAUUAAUUUUCGUGACAAGCAUCGGUGAUGAUUAUGUUUAUGUCAAUCAUUUGUAUUUCUCCCAUGGCGUUUCCUGCUUUUUUAGGGAGGAAAGGAAGAAGAGAGUAAGAAACUAAUUGGGGUUACGUUGCUAAUGAGUUUUGGAUCAUAAUAAUAAAUAAUAAUCCAAGGAACUAUGAAAGGAAGAGAUCAUUUGUUUAGUUGGCUUUUGGAUCAUAAAUUCAUGAUAAUGAAAGGAAGAGAGCAUACAAUCCUUCACUUGAAUCCAAGAUUACUAAAAGCUGGAUUGAACUUUUUUUGUUUUUUUUUUUUUUUUGGGUAAAAACAAUUGAAUUUUUUUACUACUCCGUAUGUUUUUCAACUUGGUUUCUAAUUUGAUCCAAUUUGGCUUAAACUACGUAUUGUAUAUUGAAAUACAGCUUAUACGAACAUAUAACACUUAUAAUAUGUCGCUAUUGAUUUUAGACGGAGAGAAUUUAAAAUUAGGGGUGAUAAAUGCUGUUAAAUAAGCAUUUAUUUACUCUUAUUUAGAAUUCCGUCAAAAAAAAAAAAAAAAA